GGCGGCGGCGGAUGGCGGUACGAAUGUCUGCUGGAGGUCCUGGGCUUAGCUCUGGCAGUUAUGGCAGUUAGUUUGUCGUGGGUGUCGGUCAGCGGUUCGAAAACGCAGCUGUUCGAGAAUGAUCGGUGCGCGUUGAAGUCCGGCAAGCUUGGUGUCUGUCUACGGGCGAACAAGUGCGCCUGGGUGAAGACGUCCCUGGAGUCACACGCCAUUACCCACGCCGACCUGGUAAAGUGUGGCUUUGUUGGCGACGAACUGAUCAUCUGUUGCCACCAGGAUGACUCGCUGGCACGCAUGGGCGAGAAGUCAGCGAACGGUGCUUGUGAGGGGUACGAUGGUGUACAGUCGCGGCUAGCAUUCCACAUCAUCGGCGGAUACGCCGCCGAUCACGGUGAGGUUCCAUUCAUCGGUGCGCUCGGUUACCAUGCCGCAGGGACAGACACCUACGUGUGGGCCUGUGGAGGCACCUUGAUUGCGCCACGCUUCGUCCUGACCGCGGCGCACUGCAUCAACAGUGUCCAUGGCCGCCCAAGGGUCGUCCGGAUGGGUACGACCAAUCUGAUUAAAUCCGCAGACCCAGCUGCAGUCCAGGACCGCUCCAUAGAGCAACAUUUCGUGCACCCAGCAUACAAAAAGCCCCGUCGCUACCACGACAUCGCCCUCGUCCGGGUCGCCGAAAGCUUCGUGUUCGACGACGUCGUGCACCCGGCCUGUUUGCAUCCAACGGCCGCCGAUCUCGCGCCAACCACGACUCUGCUCGCAGCCGGCUGGGGCGACAACGGCAACCUGUCCCGUACACCGCAGGCGCUGCUCAAGACGAACCUUACCACCGUGCCGUUGGUCGAGUGCCGGGCCCGAAUCGAGCCGCUGUACGAAGCGCUGCACGGAACGCUCCAAAGACAGCUGGCGGACGGUAUCCUGGAUUCGCAUUACUGCGCCGUGGGGUUCGCCAUCAACGGUAGCAAUGAUCACAGUGACACCUGCCCCGGUGACUCGGGUGGACCCCUCUACUACAUUAGUAACGAUGAGGCCCAGAAGUACUUCCUGGUCGGUGUUACCUCGCUGGGCUUCGGCUGUGGGUCGGGAACACCGGCGAUAUACACCCGCGCAUACUAUUACCUCGACUGGAUUGCCUCGAUCGUUUGGCCAUCCGAACCGGAAGCCACCGGGGAUAGCCGACACACAACAUCGCGCCACGAAUGGUCUACGCGCCACCGCGAAGAGAAACCCGUUAGUCGCACUCGUGAGCUACGAUCGUACGGAUCGCGAGGAGGUUUUGUGCUUGUCUUCCGAAUCCGAAUCCGAAUCCCGGACGGACGUCCCUUCGACAUCGACCUGCAUCGGAAUCCUAACCGGGUGGCAAAGAAAACAGAGCCUAACCGGCGACGAAGGAUACCACCCAGCCCAGCCCAGCAUCCGAGGCUGUCAGACCUGCCGAAUGUCAUUCCACAGGCUUGGCGUUCGGCCGUGAGCCUUCGGUCAUUCGGAUUCGGCCACUAUGGUCCGUCACGGACGCGACCAAUGAGCCGGGCAGGGAAACCGACCGCCGGUGUCUGGGAACCACCACCACCACCACAACCACCACAGUCAAUCAAACCGCACCAAUCACCAACGCACACACGGAAGAACUUAACCGGAAGGGCAGCAAUCGCCGACCGUAUACCAUCAACCGAUCGACAGCGGAACCGAACCCGUGCCAUGUCCGUGUCCGCGCCCUUGUGGCUGUUGGUGGCUGUCGCGGCCGCCGCCGCCGCUAGUAGUUGGAUAGUCCGUGAGGCCUACGGCCAAUUCCUCGAAGAGGGUGAUAAGUGUGAGCUGCGCGACGGGUCGGCCGGUGUCUGCACCGUGUCCACCAACUGCCCCUGGUUCCUGGAGGUGAUCGUGACGAACAAGCGGUUCGCCGAGCGGGUGUCGUGCGGGUUUGACGGCUUGACGGAGGUGAUCUGCUGCAAGAUGAACCGCACGGACGUGGGCACGGGUGUCCGGUCCCGGCUCGCCUGCGACCAGGUGCCCAACUACACGUCCCGUCUCACGUUCCACAUCAUCGACGGCGAGGAGGCGCUCGACGGUGAAUUCCCGUUCAUGGCUGCGCUCGGCUACCCGACCGACGAACCCGCCGUCAACGUGAGCUACCGGUGCGGGGCGAGCCUGAUCGCGCCCGACUUCCUGCUCACGGCGGCCCACUGCAUCCCGGUCAGCGAUCGGCCGACGGUGGCGAUCCUCGGCACCAACAACCUCGCCCCGGGCAAUCACGGUGUCGUCGUCCGGUUAAAGGAAUUCUUUCCGCAUCCGGAGUAUCGAUCGAACCGGAACUACCACGACAUUGCGCUCGUGCAGCUCGAGCGACGCAUUGAGAACGAGCCGGACGUGAACGCAAUCUGUCUGUACGACGAUCGGCUGGAUCUGCCCCCUGACACGGUGCUGACUGCCGAAGGGUACGGUAUCAUCGAUCUCGACCGCAACCUCCGCUCCAACCAGCUGAUGAAGGUCAACCUGACGACGGUGGCGUGGCUCAAGUGCAACCAGAGCUUCGCCGAUAGCAACCUGCUGAAGAACAACCGGAAGCUGCCGCAGGGCAUCGUCGACACGCAGUACUGUGCGACGGGGCGCGAGAACGAAGACACGAAGACUGUGGGCGAUACGUGCCAGGGUGACUCCGGCGGCCCGAUGCAGAUCCUGGUCGACGGCAAGUACAAGCUCGUCGGUGUGACGUCCUUCGGUAACGGGUGCGGCAGCAGCACGCCCAACGUCUCGACACGGGUCGCCGCCUACAUCGAGUGGAUCGAAAGUAUCGUGUGGGCGUGAUCGUCCUUUUGCACUCCCCACCGUUUUCCAGGGGGCAAAAAGACACGCAGGCACGGUGGCGGCCACCACCAGCAAUAGUAGUAACCAAGCAUAAUGCGUGUCGCAUGUGUCGCAGAGGGAUUUGAACGAAGAUUU